AUGAGUCAAUACAAUAAUUUUAGAUCACCAUUCCCAUCUUCUUAUUCUCGACAUGCAAGUCUCGAAGAAAACGAUGCAUCAUCCUUACCUGGUCUAACUAGACGUUUAAGUUUGGAAGAAACCAGAUUACAAAGAAGAAGAACAAUCGAAGGGGAGAUUGCGGAUAUAAAUGCCGAAAAUGUUGUCCAUGCAUUACCAGAAGGGUUUAAUGUUAAAGAAUUUCGAGAAUUUCCAAUCGUUGUAAAAACCAAGAAAUAUAUUCCAAUUAUAUUCAAUAUUGUUCAUGGGGCUAUAUGGGGUGUACUUGUAAGAAAAGGGUUAACUAAUUUGACAUCAUAUAGUGGAUCAUAUCUUUCCGGAGUUGUUUGGGCGAAUUUUGCUGCGUGUGUAGUUAUGGGACUUGCAAUAGAUGGUGAAGAAUUAUGGUUCACGUUAUUGGAUAAACAUGAAAAGAUAUAUCCCAACAAGGGUUCCAUACCGGUUUAUACUGGGAUUACUACUGGAUUUUGUGGGACGGUUCUGUCAUUUUCUUCUGUGAUGUUAGAAGCAUUUAAUAAAGCUGCAGAUACUGAAAUUGGGGUUAAUUUCAAUUAUCCAAAUGCUGCAUAUGGAAUAAUGGAAUUUUUAGCAGUAAUGUUGGCCCAAUUUGGGUUGUCAAUAAUGGGAUUUCAUAUGGGUAAACAUAUGCUGUCUGUUGCCGAUAGAUAUAUUGUUCCACUUAGUUUAAAACAAUAUAAAAUAUUGGAACGGAUAUCGAUAGGGAUUGCGGUUAGUCUUGUAAUUAUUAUAUGUGUAUUAUUAGGAGUUAAAAGUGAAGGUGGAUGGAGAAGUUGGACAUUCGCAAUGUUAUUUGCUCCAUUUGGAGCAGUAUUAAGAUUUUAUUUGUCAAAAUAUUUGAAUUCAAAAAUGACAAAUUUCCCAUUAGGAACAUUUACUGCUAAUGUAAGUGGUAGUUUAUUAUUAGCGAUAUUCAAUCUUGUAGGAAGAGGUAAAUUACCAGAUAAUGGUAGAAUAGUUACUAGUGUUAUUGGAUGUCAUGUUUUGAUGGGGUUAGAAGAUGGAUUCUGUGGUGCAUUAACUACAGUUAGUACAUUUGUAGUUGAAUUAUUUGGGUUAAAUACAAUUGAUGGUUAUAGAUAUGGUGUUUAUUCGAUAAUGCUUAGUUUUAUUAUGACAAUAUUAACUUUGGGUGCAUAUAAUUGGUCAAUUGGAUUAACUGUUCCUUAUUGCAGUUGA